AUGACUGCAACAAUGUCCAAGUCUCCUGGGGCUGGCAUGUAUCCCCCAGUAGCAAAACUCAACUUGGCUGCAGACCCCAGGAAGAUGCGCAGGAUCAUUGCAGAAGAUCCAGAGUGGUCCCUCACUGUAGUGCCCCUUUUAUCCAACCUCUGCCUGCAACACAUAGUGAGAAACUUUGAGGAGAAGCCCAUCCUCAAAGAACUUCUUCCCAGGCACAAAGACUAUGUCCUGGAGAGGCUCUCACCGUCCCUGCCACUGCAGGUGACUGCCAAUCUGAUCAGUGACGAAGGCUACUGGAAGCGCUGCUGCAAACAGCGCUGGGGCCUGUGUGACGUCUCCUCAUACGGCCACAGCUGGAAGCGCAUGUUCUUUGAGAGGCACCUGGAGAACAUCAUCGAGCUCUACAUUCCUGAUGCCACUGACCCUAAGACGGUGCUGGGCAUGGUGCCUCUGUGCCGGAACUACGUGAAGAGGCUGGACAUCUCACAGCUGAUGCCGCCAAUCAAGGAACCCCAGAAGUCAGAGGACGAUGACAACUCGGACUCGGCCAGCGACAUGGGCAUGGAUGGGCCAUCCAUGGAUCACUUUGACUUUGGCAUCCUGCUGGACAAGCUGAGCCAUCUGGAGGAGUUUCACGUGGUCUACCGGGUCAAGGGAUGCGGCAUGAACUUUGAGUGGAACCUCUUUGAGUUCACCUUCCGCGACUGCGCGUCUCUGGCCAAGGCCUUGAAGUCCUGUAAGACCUUGAGGGUGCUGAGGAUCCACCAAAGCAAAGUGGAUGACGAGAAGUGUCGUCAGCUUGUGAAGAACCUCCUGGACCACCCGUCCCUCAGGGAGCUCAACCUCUCCCACAACCUCAUCGGGGACCGGGGCGCCCGGGCCAUCGGCAAGCUGCUCAACAGGAGUAAGCUGGAGAGACUCACUGUCUACGACAACAACAUUCGGGGGCCGGGGGCCCAGGCUAUAGCCUAUGCCCUGGCCAAGAACUCCAGCCUGCUGUCCCUCAACCUGCGUCUGAACCGGCUGGGGGACGAAGGUGGCCAGGCCAUCGCCCAGGCCCUGCUGAAGAACCGCACCCUGAAAUGGCUGCACCUGGGAGGCAACGAAAUGACAGAGCCCACAGCCACGGUCCUAUCCCAAGUCCUGGUCCAGAAUAAUACGCUGAGGAGCAUCAACCUGUCCUGUAACAGGCUGGGUAUGGAUGGUGGUAAAGUGUUGGAGGAGGGCAUGUGUCACAACAGCAGCAUGGUGGAGUGUGAUAUCCGCCUGACAGAGGUGGGCCAGGAGAGCGACUACUGCAUCAGCCAGGUGGUACGCAACAAUCAGAACCAAGCACACAGGAAACACAACACAGGAGAGAACCUAGCCUAAACCUCAGAGCAUUAUUAAAUACAAAGAAGAAGAAU